AGGAAAUUUUCUGAUAAUUGUUCUGCUUUAUAACUUUCGUAUAAACUUCAAGUAUGGAAGAUCUUGAAAUUUUAAGCGAGCUGUCGUUGUCCGGUGUUGAUUCUACCGACGAAAAACGUGGAAAUUCCAAGGCGAAGAAAGACGAAACUUUACUUAAGCUUCAGAAAGAACGUGAAGUCAUUGAAAAGCUCGAGAAUUGUCCAAUCGCCCUGAAGCUUAUUCUGGAAGAAAUUGGUCGAGUCAGCAGUGGUAGACAGGAUCCCUUGAAAUCAGUUGAUCUGAAUCGUGACAUUCCGAUCAACCUCCAUACUCGUAUAAAAAUCCCCUGCAAGGAAUUUCCGAAGGAGGAAGAACUCCGUCAGUCGAAAGAUCCGAAAUUCGCCCAUCUUCAUGAAGAAUUACAUCUGGAUGUUCACGCCUAUGCAUCACCAUCCCUGGCUCAUGCUCGAAUGGCUUAUGCUCUGUCAGAAUUGCGCAAAUUCUUGAUUCCCGUUAGCGUACACAUGAGAAAUGGUAUGCAGCGGUUUGGCGGUAAUAUGCCGAACGGCCAAAGCAACAUUAUCCAGCAACAGACUUCCGCCGAGAUCAAUCGACAAAAAGUUAUGUCCAUCCUUGAUAAAGCGAGGAAGAAUCAGAUGGAAUUCGCGUCAGGGAACUCCGCUAUUGGACUGGGAUCCUAUCACUCCAACUAUGGGGAUGGCUACUUCGGCGGAAAUGGAGACUAUGGUGGUGGAUAUGCAGGUAGGUCAAAAAUGUCUGCUGCCAACGUUCCGAGUACAUUAAAUCUAAAAUGGAAUAAAAUCUCCCAUGGAGGUCACGGUCAGCAAGGAAUGGGCUCGGGUGUGAAUGCCAUGCAAGCUAACCAAAGAAGAUCUGCCGCCCUUUGGCUUUAA